AAUACCACUUUGUGAGAGUUCCUCAUCGCGGCUAUAGUGUUAAAUCACGGGAACAGCUUCCUUUAAUCAUCUCGCAUUUCCAGCGGUACACAUCUAGACCACCGAACAAGAUGACCCACCAGUACCCAGCCCUUUCUCCAGAGCAGAAGAAGGCGCUAGCAACAAUUGCACAGCGUAUAGUGGCUCCUGGAAAGGGUAUCCUGGCUGCAGAUGAAUCCACAGGCACCAUGGGGAAACGUCUGCAGAAGAUCAAUGUGGAGAACACGGAGGAAAACCGCCGUACCUUCCGUGACCUCCUGUUCUCCGUUGAUGCUUCUAUUUCUGAGAGCGUGGGAGGAGUCAUUUUCUUCCAUGAGACUCUCUAUCAGAAAUCCAACACAAGUGUUCCAUUCCCCAAGCUUGUGAAGGAUAAGGGCAUUGUAGUUGGCAUCAAGGUGGACAAAGGAACAGCAAGGCUGAAUGGAACUGAUGACGAGACAACCACACAGGGACUGGAUGGCCUGUCUGAACGCUGUGCUCAGUACAAAAAGGAUGGUUGUGACUUUGCUAAGUGGCGCUGUGUGCUAAAGAUCUCUGGCUGUUGCCCCUCUGCUCUUUCCAUUGCGGAAAAUGCUAAUGUACUCGGCCGAUAUGCCAGCAUCUGCCAACAGAAUGGCUUGGUGCCUAUUGUUGAGCCUGAGAUUCUCCCAGAUGGAGAUCAUGACCUGCAGCGCUGCCAGUAUGUUACAGAGAAGGUCCUUGCUGCAGUGUACAAAGCACUCUCUGACCAUCAUGUGUACUUGGAGGGGACUCUGCUCAAGCCCAACAUGGUCACAGCUGGACACUCCUGCACCAAGAAGUACACCCCAGAGGAGGUUGCCAUGGCAACAGUCAGUGCGCUCAGACGUACUGUACCUGCUGCAGUACCAGGCAUCUGCUUCCUGUCGGGAGGCCAGAGUGAAGAGGAAGCUUCGCUCAACCUGAACGCCAUCAACCAGACACCUCUGCACAAGCCCUGGAAACUCACCUUUUCCUACGGCCGUGCUCUCCAGGCUUCAGCCCUCGCUGCAUGGAAAGGACGGGCAGAAAACAAGAAGGCUGCACAAGACGCCUUCUGCACCCGAGCCAAGAUUAACGGUCUGGCAUCUAAAGGCGAAUACAAGCCCACAGGCCAGGCUGACCAGGCUGCCAUGAAGUCCCUUUACACUGCCAGCUAUAACUACUAGACCAAACAUGCCACCAACUAUGCCAGCUUUUACUGGACCAUACUUAAUGAAAGCUGUGUAAACAAAGUGACCAAAACAUGUUCAAGAUAACAUGGUAAUAUUAUCUUUAAAACUUUGCAUGUGCAGAAUUUUAAUCUAGACUGUCCUGGACUAAUGUGAAAAUGACCAAAUUCCUAAAAUGCCAUACCUGACUGAACUGGAAAUGACUAACUUCAGACUGACCUUGCUUCACAUGACUAAGUAUCUUUUUUAAUCUUGGAAUAAAUGAGAGGAAAAUGCA